UCCAGCAGCAGCAAACAGAGCGUCUCGCCGUACAUCUUUCACAAGCACAACAAAAGCAACAGCGUCUGCUUCAGAGACGACGUCUUCGAAAAAGGUGAAACGGACUCGUUCCUCAAGGAAAACGUUCCGUCUGCGUCUGAAGAUGAAGAGAAAUACAACAACUGUCCUCCCAGAGAGAAGCGACUGAAACCAGAUUAUCACCUGAGUUCAAACCAAAGGAGCAUCUACACCAAAACCACCGAGGACAAAGAGAAAGGAGUGAAGAUCGUGACGUCGGUGUCCGUCAGCGACCUGGAAGACUCGUCCCCAAACAUCACGUUUCAGCAGUUACACCAACCCUUGUCUAGUCCAACGCACUCCUCGACGCCAGUGACCAACAUCAUGAGAAUCAACUGCAGCAGCUCCCAGGUCAAACUGGAAAUUCAAGAAAUUCUGCAGCUCAACACAUCCGACGUCAAGACCACGUUUGUUUUUACGACCGACCAGAGGGACGUCGCUGAGACGAGCAGACGUGAGGAGACGUGGACUUCAAAUAACAAAGCAGAUAAAAACUACAGGUUUACUUUUGGCAGCUCGAGCAACAACAUGGAGGAAGUUAGUGGCUCAAAAUCGAAAAUGUGGGACGAUUCAAACUGCUGCCGAUGCUGCGUCGGUCACAAACAACAAAAAGCGACAGACUGCUGGUCAGUAAAUCCUCCAUCGAGUCCACCGCCGCUCAACAUCACAGCUCAGGAGAAGAGGAAGCGGUUUCACAAGAGCAUCGAUUCGUUCUGGGACAUUCCUCCACCGCAGGAGUUUGCAGACGUUAAAUACAACACUCUGGACGACCUGACCCUCCACCUGGAGGCCUGUGGGAUCAGAACUCAGAGUCCUGCUGACCAUCGCCUGGCAGAGUCCGGCCCGGCAGAUCCAGCUCCUUCUUUUGAUCAGUUUUCAGAAUCUGACAAUUACGAGUCCAUGUCCAUGAGACCGUCUCUGUCCACCAACAGGUCCAGCUUCACCAAAGACUUCAUCAGCUCCCAGAAGAGAAAAUCCUGGAUCAGAAACAACAGCAUCGCCACAGUCCAGCACAGAGCGUGUCCGUUACCACAGAAGAGGCGGCAGACGUUUCCUGGGACGUCAGAAGCUGCUGAGCUGAUGCAGGACGACCUGCUGCUGCCCUACACCGAGUCCUUCUCCUCUCUGCUCAUGUGCUCGCGUCCUCUCCAAUCAGACAAGCUGGGGACGAGUCACCAUGGCAACAACGAGGUCCCUGCAUUUGGAAUUGGAAAUUAUAAUUCUUCUAAACAAAGCAGCCAUGAGGGGAAACCAACAUGUCUCAGUCCAUUCUGUGUGACGAGCUCCGAAGAAAACGCUGAUGAUGUGUUUGGUGUCGCUGGAGGACAAGGAUACGGUGAUGAAGACAUGAGGCAGGACUUCAAACAGAGCGUCUGCAGGGACAGAGACAGUCUGGACACUGAUGACUGUGACUGUAAAGUUGAUCAAACUGAAGUCCCCGACAGUGGAUUUGAUCAGGACGUAGAAUAUCAGGACUCAGAGAAGCUCAGUCAAAGAGCUCUUUCUAUCCAGGUCAUCCCUCCGUCCCGCAGCGGCUCGGAGGAGCAGAUGCUGCAGAUUCAUCCUGUCAAGGUGGAGAAUCAAGAAGAUUCAGUUUCAUCUUCACCCAAUCAUUCGUCCUCAGUCACGACUCUGAGCGUCGGCGCACUGGAGCAAAGAUUCCUGCAGAUGGACCUCAAGUCUUCUCAGAGUCGUCUGAACGAUGUGACGGAAUCUAAACCACCUGCUGACGAAACAGGAAACACCUGCACGUGUCUGCCGCUGACGUCAGAGGAGACAAUCGAUCUGCAGCAGGACGCAGGACGAAGAGGACCCGAGGACAAAGCUGCUGCUUCCUGUCCUGAUGGAGAAAUCCAUGCAAAGGAGCAGCUGAGUAAAACCUACAAGGCCGAGAGACACACUAUGUCCAGAUGUUCCAUAGACGCCAAAGAGCAUCUGAAGCCUGGGAUGCACAUGGAGACAGAGGGCGGCGGCGGCGGCGGCGGCGGCGGCGGCGGCAGCGGCGGCGACCACUGGGCCAAGAGACGAAAGCUCUUUAAAGAUAGUAAACAGUGGAGCUCAGCUGGAGGAAGCUCCAUCACCAGUGAUGUCACAGAGGAAUCAGUAUCCGAGGACACUCGCUCUAUGGACAUGACGACUCGAGACAAUGAGGACGGAGGUUUUUAUAUGGAGACGUUCCACUCGUCGGCGUGGAUUUACCAAGGAGACCACGUGGACUCUGGAAUUAUUCCUCCGAGCCUCAACACCAGAACUCGAGCUGUUUCAAUUCGAGAGCGGACCGUCAGGAUCGAUAAAGGAUCAGGAGAGUAUCCCUGGGGCUUUCGAAUUCAGUUCUCCAAACCCAUCGUGGUCACAGAGGUCGACACGAACGGAGCCGCUGAAGAAGCCGGUCUGAUGGUCGGAGAUUACGUCCUCGCUGUGAACGGGACUGAUGUCACCAGCAUCCCUCAUUCGGAGGCGGCUGAUUUGGCUCGACAAG